GGAUGAGAGCUGAGGAGGGACCCGUUUAUGGCGUUUAGCGGAAGAGGUCGGUGGUGAGUUUCUCUCCGAGCUGUUCGGGUAAAAUGGGAGGUUGCGGGGCGUUUCGGGGCUCGGCGCUGCUCUUCGUGCUGCUGGAGCUGUCUCUGGUAUGCGGGGAUAUAACGGACGGGAACGCGGAGCACCUGAAGCGGGAGCACUCGUUAACGAAGCCGUACCAAGGUGUUGGCAACAGCCCGUCCAGCCAGUGGGAUUUCUCCGGAAGCACUUUGGUGACGAGCUCGUACGUCCGACUCACUCCAGAUGAGAGAAGCAAGCAGGGAUCCAUCUGGAACACAGUGCCUUGUUACCUGAAGGACUGGGAGAUGCACGUGCAGUUUAAAAUUCACGGCUCGGGGAAGAAGAAUCUCCACGGCGACGGCAUUGCUAUCUGGUACACAAAGGACAGGCUGCACUCAGGGCCCGUGUUUUCCAACAGCGCCGUCUUCCACGGGCUCGCCGUCUUUAUAGAUACUUACUCUAACGAUGAUGCGACGGAUCGCUCCUUCCCAUACAUUUCAGCCAUGGUGAACAACGGGUCGGUGAGUUACGACCACGGGAAAGACGGUCGGUCGUCAGAGCUGGGGGGCUGCUCGGCUGAGCUCAGGAACAGAGAUCACGACACGUACCUCGCCAUUCGCUACUCCAAAGGACGGCUGACGGUGAUGGUCGACAUGGACGACAAGAACGAGUGGAAGGAGUGCAUCGACAUCGGGGGCGUUCGUCUUCCUACCGGAUAUUUCUUUGGGGCUUCGGCAGCUACGGGAGAUCUGUCUGAUAACCACGACAUCAUUUCCAUGAAGCUCUACCAGCUGAUGGUGGAACACACACCUGAAGAGGAGAACCUGGACUGGACGAAGAUCGAGCCCAGCGUCAGCCUGCUCAAGUCCCCUAAAGACAACAUCGACGAUCCUACCGGAAACUUCCGCGGCACGCCUCUCACCGGCUGGAAGGUGUUCCUGCUGCUGCUGUGCGCUUUGCUGGGGAUCGUGGUGUGCGCCGUGGUGGGAGCUGUGGUUUUCCAGAAGAGACAGGAGAGGAACAAGAGGUUUUACUGAGGAGCCGUCGUCUAGUAUUCCCAUCAGGGAGGAAUAAACGGUCUCCUGAUGACAGAUGGAGUACAUUCAAUGUGAAUUUAUUUUCUAAAGAUUGUUUGUAUCUGUGAAGCACUGCAGUGGGAGGGAAGCAGGUGGUGAUGAUGUGUUUGUACUGAUUGAUUGCAGGGUUAGAAUAGAUUUAUUUUCAUUUACAAACUUGUAAUUUUUUUUUUUUUAAGAGUGUAACGCCUGCUCUUUGUUAAUCAGGUGUCUUCAGCCCGUUUCAGCUGCGGAGGUGAAGCUACAAAAUGCUGAACGCUGGCAUCGUGUUCUGUUCUGAUCUUCCAAGCUGUUCUACAUGAUUUCUUACUGCAGAGAAGAAGUGGUCAGAUAUGUGUGGUAUUGGCGAUGUGGUGGUUUAGUGUUGAUGUGCUGACCUGUGAGGAAGUCAUUACAGCAAGCAGGAAUUCUCCAGAUUAAAGUCAGACCCUCAGGCUGCGGUCGAACAGUCCAAUAAUCUGUCGUUAAUCAUUUUUCUUGGAUGUUAAAGGUGCGAUGAGGUGAAAGAGGAUCGAUAAGGACCGGGGAAAAGAGACGGUCGCAGCCCGACUGCUCUCACUCAGACACUGCAAAAAGGUUAUCUUACAAAUUUUGACAUGAGUUCUUGCUGCAGGCAGAAUAAGGAAAAACUUGAUUGGGUUGCAGUUUAGAAUAAUUGUUCUGUCAGAGUAAAGGUUAGUUAUCCGUGUCUCCUCCUCCUGCUGCGCAGAUGAUCCAGUCUCACGCCUUUAUUCAGGCUUCCUGUGGCUGCAGCACAGCAGCAGGCGCAACAAAUGCAAACUGAACUGAACUCACUCUGAUCAGAUGUUCAGCAGUCAUUCAUACAUAUCUGCAGGUUAUUAAUGAGCAUUUCCUUCAUCGCAGUCACUGUGAGUCAUGCUGAUGGUGUAACUAUGACUUGUGGGACAGUAUUAUCUCCUUUGACUAAGCAUGCCUCAGUGUCUCCUCCACUAAAGGAGGCAAUAAAGGAAGCAUUAAAGCUCAUUUCCUUAAUAUUUAGAGGAUUCACCAGCUCUGGUUGUGGCUGCAGAGACUUCAGGAAGUUAAAAAUUCAAAAAAAUAGGACUCUUCUUCCGCAGCCUCUGCCUGAUUUGACUUGAAUUUGACUUCACGUUGUUUCCUCGUUCCACUUUUAUCCGUCCCGUCGGAAAGAUUCAGUUCAGUUUGGAAGUGUUUCCCACCUGGAUUUACAUUUGAGAGAAUAAAUCUGUGUGGGUACAGCAUGAAUAAUGGAAAAGCUGCACAGUGCGCACACAACAGUACUCAGUGAUGCAGACGUUUCACAGCCGAUGAUGUCAGACUUCAGCCAUCUUUAAUGUCUCUGCUUAUUUAACCCGUGUUCGAUCAAUAAUUGUAUGUAUGAUGUUAAUUCUGCUGAUGACCUCAGUUUGGUUUAAUGUCAGGAAAGAAGGAAAGCACACGUUCACAUUAGAUAAGUCUGGACUCCCAAUAAAAGGCUUACUGCUAAAUUCAUCCCUCAGGAGUCUCCUGAUUUCAGCUGAUCAGCUGUCAGAUCUCAAGCCUGUCUCCAUUCACUCCAUAAACACUUCAGAUUUUACAAACUUAAAGGGAUGGUCGAGCAGCGGGACGUAACAGCAGCGAACAUAUUUCAUAAAGAGAUGGAUCGUGUUGAUGGAGGGAUUUCCAUCUGUGUUGAAUUCUUCCUGCUUUAACUAAACGUCCGAGUAGAAAGCUGGGCUGGACGACGGAAACGACACACAAUCGGUUAUUUUAUCCGGGUGACGGUACCAGGAUGAGCCCUGACAGCCUGAAUCUUACAAAUAUUAAAUGCUGUUUUUGUUUUUGAACAGCAGCUAUAUUUAGAACAAUGCCUUUUAUUUUUUUAGCUGUGGUCAGAACUGUGUGACUCAGUCCUUUCAAUGUAAUGAAUAUUGAUCCAUGCUGAACGAACAAGUGCGAAUGAUGAAUGAAAACAGGCAGCUGUCUCUCUGACCCACAGCUGUCUGAUUUCUUUUUUUCAUUGCUCACAUUAUUAAAAAAAAAACAUCAAACUGAGGAUUUGAUCACAUGUUCAUGUUCGCUGACACGCCUUCUGUGAUAUUUCAUUUGAAGUAUUCUUAUUUGUUUCUGUUCUUAAAGCCGUUGGUGGAGGUUUUCUGCAGCAUCAGUUUUUUUAUGAGACCUGAAACAGCUCCUCUCAUCAGAAAUACAGUAUGGAAAUUAAAAAUGAAACAGUC